AUGGGAGCCUGUCUUUCGUGCCUAGGCGGCCAGGAAGACAUCGAUGAUGCUGAAAGACAAUCUUUACUAGGAGGUCACCAGCAAUUUGCUGAUGAAAGCUACCAGGAGCAACUAAUCAAGCAGCAGCAGAGACAAAGUGAACUUAACGGCAUAGUCAGUGAUUUGAACAAUGACUUGAUCGAUGUGAGCACUUUUGUGUCGAAUACACAGGUAGAAGAUGGAAUUCAAGAUCAGGAUGUUCAAUCGCCUGCCCUCUCGGCUGUCGCUAACUCGGGUUCACUUCCGGGAACCGCUCAUGCAUCUCCAAGUGUGGUGCCUGUUCUGCUUACACAAGACAAGUCGUUUCCUCAUCUCUUGAAUAUUGAUGAAAAGAAGAAGAUUUUGGAGGAUUCCAAGCAGUACGCUGGUCAGGUUGCUCCCAUCAAAGCCUCGGGGCCCUUGUAUGUGAAGUUCUAA